AGCAGCUCGCAGGGCGUGGUGGGAUAGGAGUCCGCUCAGUGGAGGACUGAGAACAGUGCCCCAGUUGGCUAGCUGCAGAGAAGAUGGCUGCAGUGGGGAUUUUCAGGCCAGUGUCUGAAAACACUGCACGGUUGGUCCUGUUUCACGACGGUUAGCCUUCGUGGCACCCCGUUAAUAUCGUCGUUUCUUCAAGGAAUUGGGGAUAAAACAUGGGGUCUCAAACGCUUCAGAUCCUCAGGCAGGGGGUCUGGGCUUCAAUCACUGGCGGAUGGUACUACGAUCCUCAUCAAAAUACAUUUGUCAAUGCCCUACAUCUCUACAUCUGGCUCUUCCUACUAUGUUUCCCCUUCACGCUUUACAUGGCGCUUCCGCCCACCAUGGUGAUUGUGGGGAUCUACUGUGGGGUGAUCGCUGGCUUGUUCCUGCUGCUGAAGACCGUCAACUACCGGCUCCACCAUGCCCUGGAUGAAGGGGAGGUGGUGGAGCACCGAGCCAAGGAGAGGGAGGGCAGCGGAGCCGGCACGGAGGGGGCUAACGAGGGCCGCGCCGCCACAUGCCAGGAGGACAGCAAUGGACCGGGGGACCCUGGAGGGGGUAUUGAAAUGGCGGACUUUAUUCGUGAGGAGACUCCACCGGUAGACUGCAGCUCCAGGAACUCCUACACAGGGAUGGAGUCCUGCCAGCAGAUGGCUUCCACACAGGGCCAUAGGGAGACCAGCACAGCCAAAGGGGGUGAGGUGGGGAAGACGUCUGAUGACUGCAGUGUGAGUCUGGUUCAGAGCUGCAGCCAGGUUCAAGACAUGAUGUCCGACCCGAAGAUGUACGGCCUCGUCUCCAACCACUCCUUCGCCUCCAUGCAGCCCUCCACCUCCCUCGGCCCCGCCAACCUCUGUAACUCGGCCUCACACCCCUUCAGCCAAUCCCUGUCCUCCUGUGACACAGAGGUGUCUGGCCACGCCCCCGGGCAGCCUUCCCAGCCCACGAAGGCGGAGCCACGUGCCCGGGGACUGCCCCGCACGUCCAGCUCUGCCGGAUCCGCCUUCCCUGACCCCUCCCAGCCUUCAGCCGAGUUCAGCCUUUACCCCCCUCCCCGCAGGGGGGGCCUUGAUCCGGUAUGUGAACUGGAAGCGGCCCGGCCCCACAGAACCGGGCCUGAUGCCGGAGAAUCGGGCCCGGGGGGUGGGGAGGACUCCGGGGCGGACGGACUCCACCAUCGCCAGGACCAGCCCUCGGCAUCCACCUCCGGCUGCUCCGCAGAGAGCUACAGGCAGCCACCGGACUCCCGCAGGCCGGGCCUGGCCCGCUCGGCGUCCCGCGAGGCUGGGGAGGGCGGGUCCGGUCUGUACCAGGUGGACCAGGGCGGAGGGGGGCGUGGCGGGCGCGGCGGCAAGGUCAGCGCCGACAGCCUCCGUAGCCUGAGCACGCGCAGCAGCGGCUCCACAGAGAGUUACGGCAGCGGCACGGACCGGGACACCAACAGCACGGUCAGCAGCUUCCACAGCGAGCAGACCAGCUCCACCCACGUGGAGAGUCUCCCAUCCCUGUCGGGGGACGAGCAGCGCGGCGCCGGGAGGGAGGCCGCCGGGGGGCCGGGGGAGGGCAGGACUCCCUGCCUGGGGGGCAGCCCCAAGAGGCGGAGCGGCGUGCCUUCCAGGGAGGCCAAUAAGAACCCCCAUGCCAACGAGCUGACCGCCAAACAGUCGCCCUCCUCCUCCACGUCCUCCCCCAAACCCAACCGCCCGGCCGCGGCCCCGACAGAGCCCUCCUCCGGCUGGAACGCGGACGAGCCCGGUGGCAGCGCCGGGACCGGUGCAGACGUCUCGUCCCGGGCCGCCGGCAGGGAUCCGGACCGGGUCCGCGGACAGAAAGACGUCGCCAGGCCGAAGUCCGCCAACCUAGCGCAGCGAACGUCGUCGGGCGUCGCCGGGCCGGGCAGUGGGUGCCGGAGGACCGGUAAGAAACGGGCGAGCAGUUUUGAUGCCAGCCGUCACCGGGACUACAUGUCGUGGCGUGGCGUGGCGAAGCCGCGCAGCGCAGUGUUUGCUGGCGGGGGCGGAGCUGGAGGGGAAGAGGAGUGGAGCGAUGGGAGCGAGCUGAGCUGCGCCUCCUCUCUCCAGUCCACCAUGUCACAACACUUCAGCACCGAUUCCUCCUCCUCCACCACCUCCCAGUCCUGCCACUCCCCCGAGGGACGCUACCGUGCCCUAAAAGCCAAGCACAGCUCCCGCACAGCUUCCACCUCCUCCACCUCACGGAAAGCCCAGGCUGUGUCUGAGGGAGGUGUUGGAGGUGGGCGUGCUGGAGGAGGUAGGCGCUGCUCCUCUCGCCGUAACCCCGGCACGGGUAGCGCCAGGACCCAUGCCAGAGUGCUGAGCCUGGACAGCGGGACGGCGGCCGCCUGCCUUAACAACCCCCACCGCCUUGGGGCUCCCGGCACCGGGCCACGGCCCUUGACCACCUCCAAGUCGGACCUGGAAGCCAAAGAAGGGGAGGUCCUGGAUGCAGCUUCCCUGUUGGGCCGGGCCUCUCAGCUGGAGACGGUGACGCGCUCCAGAAACAGUUUGCCAAGCCAGACAGCCUUCUCUUCUGAGCCUCAGGAUGGCACAAACACAGGCUCCACACGAGCCCCGGGCAGCGAGGACACGGUCACGUUUCGGCGUGAGCGUAGCACGUUCCGUCGACAGGCGGUGCGACGGCGGCACAACGCCGGGAGCAACCCCACGCCCCCCUCCUCCCUCAUCGGAUCACCUCUCAGUCUUCAGGAGGCUCUCAGCCAGGCCUCCCAGCCUUCUGCUUCCCAGGUGAAAGGUCAGCCGUCCAGAACCCCAUCCCAGGUGACUGUGCUGAGCGCUAGCGCCUCCCUGCUGGCCAGGAAUGGAAGUGCGCACCUGGAGGGCUCUCAGGACAAGGCCUCAACCGUAGGCACUACCAGCCUGCAGGAUGAAUUUGGGAAGCUAACACCCUCCCUGUACGAGGCCGGGGGGUGUGACAUGUCCCUGGUCAACUUUGAACCUGCAACAAGACGCGCCUCCAACAAUUUAUGGGACACAGACUCCCACCUCUCCAGUGCUACCUCAGUUCGCUUCUACCCUCAUGACUUGAUCCGUCUGAACCGCCUGUUGACCAUGGACCCAGAGCUGUUGGAGCAGCAGGACGGAGACCUAAGCCCAGAGCUCCAGGACCCUCCCCUGGGCCAGGAGGACCCCGCCACGGCUGCCACACGCAAGGCCAAACAGUACUACCGCUUCUGGCUGCUGCCUUACCUCUGGGUCGGCCUGCACUUCGACAGACUCACCCUGCUGGCCCUGUUCGACAGAAACCGUGAGCUGUUGGAGAACGUCCUGGCGGUGGUGCUGGCGGUCCUCGUAGCCUUCCUAGGGUCUGUCUUGUUGGUCAAUGGGUUCUUCACAGACAUCUGGGUCUUCCAGUUCUGCCUCGUCAUUGCCAGCUGCCAGUAUUCCCUACUCAAGAGUGUUCAACCAGACUCCUCUUCUCCUCGACAUGGCCAUAACCGGAUCAUUGCGUACAGCCGGCCUGUCUACUUUUGCCUGUGCUGUGGUCUUAUCUGGGUCUUGGACUACAGCAGUGAGAGGACCAGCUCGGCCCGCUUCACCCUGUACGGCGUGGCGCUGACCAGCUCGCUGGUCCUCGCCUCUGCCAGGGACCUCAUCAUAGUGUUCACUCUGUGCUUUCCCCUGGUGUUUUUCGUGGGGCUCCUCCCCCAGAUCAACACCUUCGUCAUGUACCUGUUUGAACAGCUGGAUAUCCACGUGUUCGGAGGAAACGCUUCCACUAGCCUUCUGUCAUCUGUGUACAGUGUAGGGCGUAGCGUGGUCACCGUGGCGCUGCUCUACGCUCUCUGCUACGGAGCUCUAAAGGAGACCUGGGAACCCCAACACAUUCCUGUGUUGUUCUCUGUGUUCUGUGGCCUUCUGGUGGCCGUCUCCUACCAUCUGAGUCGGCAGAGCAGCGACCCCUCUGUCCUCAUUUCCUUGGUGCAGUCCAAGAUCCUGCCCAACCUCAAAGACCAGAACCCAGAAGACCCCCUGUCGGAGGUGCAGGACCCUCUGCCUGAGAAGCUCAGAGGUUCUGUGAACGAGCGUCUGCAUUCGGACCUGAUUGUCUGUGUGGUCAUCGCCGUUCUCUACUUUGCCAUCCACGUCAGCACCAUGUUCAUCGUUCUACAGCCGUUCCUGAGCUAUGUGCUGUACUGCCUGCUGGGGGCCGUAGGGCUACUGACUCAUCAUCUGCUGCCUCAGCUACGCAAACAGCUGCCCUGGUACUGCUUCUCCCAGCCACUGCUCAAGACCAAGGAGUACUACCAGUUCGAGGUCAGAGGUGUCGCCCACGUGAUGUGGUUCGAGAAGCUCCACGUCUGGCUGCUGUUCCUGGAGAAGAAUGUUCUGUAUCCCCUGGUGAUCCUCAACGAGAUGAGCGGCAGCGCCAGAGAACUGGCCAGUCCCAGGAAACUGAACACCGAGGUGGGAGCGUUGAUGAUAACGGUCGCCGGUCUGAAGUUGCUUCGUUCUUCCUACAGUAGCCCCACCUACCAGUAUGUCACAGUCCUCUUCACCGUCCUCUUCUUCACCUUUGAUUACCGCAACCUCUCCGAGACCCUGCUGCUGGACCUCUUCCUCAUGUCUAUCGUCUUCAGCAAGCUGUGGGAGCUGUUUUAUAAGCUCCGUUUUGUCUACACCUACAUCGCCCCCUGGCAGAUCACCUGGGGCUCCGCCUUUCAUGCCUUCGCGCAGCCAUUCGCUGUACCUCACUCUGCCAUGCUGUUUGUCCAGACGGUCAUAUCCUCUGUAUUCUCCACUCCUCUCAACCCCUUCCUUGGUAGUGCAAUCUUCAUCACCUCCUAUGUCAGACCUGUCAAGUUCUGGGAGAGAGACUACAACACUAAGAGAGUGGAUCACUCUAACACUAGGCUGGCUUCUCAACUGGACAGAAACCCAGGUUCUGAUGACAACAACCUGAACUCCAUCUUCUACGAACACCUGACCCGUUCACUACAACACAGCCUGUGUGGCGACCUGCUGCUGGGUCGCUGGGGCAACUAUGGGACAGGAGACUGCUUCAUCCUGGCCUCCGACUACCUCAAUGCCCUGGUUCACCUGGUCGAGAUCGGCAACGGCCUGGUCACCUUCCAGCUCCGAGGACUGGAGUUCAGAGGUACGUACUGCCAGCAGCGGGAGGUGGAGGCCAUCACUGAGGGGGUGGAGGAGGACGAGAGCUGUUGCUGCUGUGAGCCGGGCCACCUGCCCCACAUUCUGUCCUUCAACGCGGCCUUCGGACAACGCUGGCUGGCCUGGGAGGUGCUGGUCACCAAGUACGUCCUGGAGGGCUACAGCAUCACGGACAACAGCGCCGCCUCCAUGCUGCAGGUGUUCGACCUCCGACGCAUCCUCACCACGUACUACGUCAAGGGCAUCAUCUACUACGUGGUAGCUUCCCCCAAACUGGACGAGUGGCUGGCCAAUGAGACGAUGAGGGACGGGCUGAAGGCCUGCGGAGAGCGGAACUACGUCGACCUGGACCCCACCUUCAACCCCAACAUCGAUGAGGACUACGACCACCGCCUGGCUGGGAUCUCCAGGGACUCCUUCUGUCAGGUCUACCUGGCCUGGAUCCAGUACUGCAACUCACGACGCGCCAAGCCUUUGGACCUGGAGAAGGACUCGUCCCUGGUGUUGCUGUGUUUUGGCCUGUGUGUGCUGGGCAGGAGGGCGCUGGGAACAGCAGCACAUCACAUGUCCAGUAACCUGGAGUCUUUCCUACAUGGGCUGCAUGCUCUCUUCAAGGGAGACUUCCGUAUUUCCUCAGUCAGAGACGAGUGGAUCUUUGCCGACAUGGAACUCUUGAAGAAGGUGGUGGUGCCUGGGAUACGCAUGUCACUCAAACUACACCAGGACCACUUCACGUCCCCGGAUGAGUACGACGAUCCGGUGGUUCUGUUUGAGGCCAUCUCGUCCCACCAGCAGAACCUGGUCAUUGCUCACGAAGGAGACCCUGCCUGGCGCAGCGCCGUGCUGUCCAACUCCCCCUCGCUGCUCGCCCUGCGCCACGUCCUCGACGAAGGCACCAACGAGUACAAGAUCAUCAUGUUGAACAGACGGUACCUCAGCUUCCGCGUCAUCAAGGUGAAUAAGGAGUGUGUCCGUGGUCUUUGGGCGGGGCAGCAACAGGAGCUGGUUUUCUUCCGGAACAGGAACCCGGAACGCGGAAGCAUCCAGAACGCUAAACAGGCACUGCGCAACAUGAUCAACUCGUCGUGCGACCAGCCUAUUGGAUAUCCCAUCUACGUGUCGCCCCUGACAACGUCCUACUGCGACUCCCACGCGCAGCUGGGUCACAUCCUGGGAGGUCCAAUCAGCAUGGGGAACAUACGCACCUUCGUCGUCAGCACCUGGCACAGGUUGCGUAAAGGCUGCGGCGCCGGCUGUAACAGUGGCGGGAACAUGGAGGACUCUGACGCCGCGGGUCUGUCCUGUGCCAGCGGUAACGGGAGCGGGGACUCCCAGCCGAGCUCCGUGUCCCAUGGCGGGCUGUCCGGACCGGCCGCGUCCCUGGCCCACCAGCCGCGCUCCACGGGUGAGGACCAGCGCCGUGGGCAGGGCAGACACCCUCACCGGGCUUGGGGUACCAGUCAAAGUUCCCAGUCGGUCCAGUCGGGCCUGGUGCGCCACUCCCCGGCCAGAGCCUCCGUAGCCAGCCAGUCCUCCUCCUACCGCUACAGCAGUAGCCGCCACUCCUCCCUCCGCACCUCAGCCACGGGCCUGGAGCCCUGCCGGCGCUCCUCCACCAGCCAGCUGUCCCUGCGGACCCUCCCCACCUCCCUGCAGCUCCGCCUGGGCUCGGGGUCUUCCUCUGACCCCGCCGGCCCCUCCGCGUCCCUCUCCUCCCACAGCAUACCCCCCUGCAAGAGGCACACGCUGGUGGGACUACUGGGCAGUGACGGGCCGUGUAGCGGCACGGCCGACCCGCUGGGCCAACACCCCCAUCAGCACCAGCACAACCCGGCGCUAGCCAGCGUACGCAGAGACGAUAUCUCCUACAGGGUGCAGAUCAUGGAUGUGAACCAGGUGCUGGAGAACAUUAACCUGUCGAAGCGUAAAGAGCUGCAGUGGCCAGAUGAGACCAUGAGGCUGAGAGCUGGACGCAGCUGCUGGAGGGACUGGAUCCCCCUGGAGGGCAUGGAGGGACACGUGAUUCACCAAUGGGUGCCUUGUAGUCGUGACCUGGCCAGCCGUUCUCACAUAGACAAGACGAUCCUGCUGGUUCAGGUGGAUGAUAAGCUGGUGCCCAUUAUCGAGACCGGAGUUAUAGAACUGGGGGCCGAGGUGUGACUGGGGUUAUAGAGCCGGGGGCCGAGGUGCGACUGGGGUUAUAGAGCCGGGGGCCGAGGUGCGACUGGGGUUAUAGAGCCGGGGGCCGAGGUGCGACUGGGGUUAUAGAGCCGGGGGCCGAGGUGCGACUGGGGUUAUAGAGCCGGGGGCCGAGGUGCGACUGGGGUUAUAGAGCCGGGGGCCGAGGUGCGACUGGGGUUAUAGAGCCGGGGGCCGAGGUGCGACUGGGGUUAUAGAGCCGGGGGCCGAGGUGCGACUGGGGUUAUAGAGCCGGGGGCCGAGGUGCGACUGGGGUUAUAGAGCCGGGGGCCGAGGUGCGACUGGGGUUAUAGAGCCGGGGGCCGAGGUGCGACUGGGGUUAUAGAGCCGGGGGCCGAGGUGCGACUGGGGUUAUAGAGCCGGGGGCCGAGGUGUGACUGGGGUCUGUUCAUUAGGCCCCAAACGCACUGAAACCAUCUGAUACACAGACCGCUGUGGGCCUGGUCCAAUAAGAGACGCUGCUUUUCGUUUUUUGAAAAGUCCUCUGUCAUCGCGCUGGGUUUUGAAAUUACGGUGCGCCCGAAUGAAAACACUCAAGUACUCCGAGUAACCCAGCUAGAGGUCAAAGGAACAGGGGUCAAGGGGUCACCGUGUAACAGGCCAUAAGAGAUAUCGUCCCUUUUCAAGUGUGCUUCCAGUAUGACCCCCUAUUCUCUAUUAAGUGCACUACUUUUGCGCCCUUUGUUGUAGUAUGUGUGGGCUGAGGUGGUGCCCUGCGGUUAGUGAUGGCCAUACGAGGCGUUCUUCUAGUAGCAGGAUAUUAUGCUAGCAGCGCAUUUGAGAAUUUGUUUUUC